AUGAAUGAAGAUGACAGACCUAUUGAGGAAUCGAUAACAACAAGAAAACGACAAAAUGACAAUGAAUAUUCUGAUGAAGCAAAACGUAGAAACAUAGAAACUGGUAGAACAAAUCUACGCUUUGAUUUUUUUGAGAAUAAUUCUAUUGGAAAUGCAGAUGUAUCUUCUUUAUUGGAAAAAUUAACUACAAUUAAGCAGCAACUAAACGAUGUUAAAUCAUUACUUUCCGAUAAAGAUAUUAUCGAUUGGAACAGGCAUACUGCUUAUAUGAAUACAGCUUCGACUAUUGUACCAUAUUUGCGUGAGAAAUUAAAUAUUGAAAUCGGUACACAAGCAUGGGCAAAAAUGUAUGAAAUUUUAGCAAAUUUUGAUUUGAUUAAUGAUGUAAAUAAAAAUCCACUAUUGACAACGCUUCAUUUAUGUGAAGCACCUGGUGCAUUUAUUUCUGCUCUUAAUCAUUUUCUUGUUACUCGAGAAGAAAAUCGAAAUAUUGAAUGGCAAUGGUUUGCUCAAACUCUAAAUCCUUAUUAUGAACAUGAUGAAUCAACUGUAGCGAUGCUUAUUGAUGAUGAUCGUAUUAUAUAUCAUACGAUCGAUGAGAAACAUUGGGAUUUCGGAAUUGAUAAUAGCGGAAAUAUUAUGAAUGAAGAAAAUAUUAAUUAUUAUAUAUCACGGUUUCAAUCUAUGGAUAUUCAUCUGAUAACUGCUGAUGGCAGUUUUGAUGUUCAAAAUAAUCCCGGUGAACAAGAAGGACUUGUUUAUCCUUUGUUGAAAACUGAAGUUUAUGUUGCAUUGUCAUGUUUAAUUGCGCACGGAAAUUUUAUAUUAAAAUUAUUUACUAUGUUUGAACAAGUUACUAUUGACCUGAUUCAUUUGCUCUAUCGAACGUUUCGUCAGAUAUCAAUGUUCAAACCACAAACGAGUAAAAAAGGAAAUUCUGAAGUUUAUGUAAUUUGUAUUGAUUUUAAUCGUGAUAAAUUUACAAAUUGCUUUUCCGACAAUCUCGAAAUCAAAUCUUCGCCAUAUUCAUCGUCGUUUGUUAAUCAACUUAUUCAAUGUUCGGAAUUAUUGCAAUUCAAUCAAAUAAAUACAAUAAAACAUAAUCUCAAUUGUUUUGAAAAUCGAAGCAAAAAAUUUAAUAAAAAAUUAAGUAAAUUAAAAGAAAACGUUCUCAAUCAAUAUCUUGAUCGAUGUCAAAUUCGUGAAUUACUAUCCAGCGAUCGACAUCUAUUAAAAGCAGAUUUAGAAUCGAAAUAUUCUUAUCAGCACAACAAUCGAAUAACUCGUACAGGUACUUUUAAUAAUCAGCAUCAAAUCGACAUCGACACAGUUCAAGGUCAAAUUCACAAUGGAUUCUUUUGUUUAAUAUGUUCAAAUAAUAAAAUUAAUGAUUUAUGUCAUGCUUGUCAGCUGUCAUCUCAAAUCAUUAGUGAUCGAUCGUUAUCCAUAUCUCAUAUUUACAUCGGUGAACUAAUUGCCAGUAAACAAAUUAUUCUCGAUUGUGUCUAUGGGAAAAAAACGAAGGCUAUUCGAAAUUCAUGUUUUUGUAAUAGAUAUUUGCUUGAACUAUGCAGUAAAAUUGAUAUUUAUACAGUUUCAUCGAAUGAAAAAUUAAUUGAUUUAAAAUCUAUUAAAAAAUCAUCUGCAGUCGAAAUUUCUCAUGAACAAUUUGAACGACUGGAACGAUUUACUCGUGACUAUGAAAUAAAUUUACAAUGUGAAAAUGGUGUUUAUUAUGUUCAAUCGGCACCUCUUCUUACUCGUUUACAAGCAUCGGUAAUCUAUAUGCUAACUCGAACUUUUGAACAAACAUCAGUUUAUGUAAUACCAUCUUCUUCGCCACAUUUACUUUUCGUAUUUGAAACAACUCAAAAAGCAAUCAAUGAUGAAUAUAAAACAGUGGAACAAGAAAUUUCUUCAUCGAAAAGUUCAACACUUUUACAAUUUGUUCAUAUGCAUCAACUGUUAGAUCAACAUUUUACUUUUAACUUAAUACAAGCAAAUAAUAUAUGUUUACAAUUAAAAUAUGUCACAUAA